AUGGAGACCAUACACGCUGAUGACAGCCCUCUAGCCGCUUACCUGGAAGGCGACGGUUCUUUCGAGCCUGAUCCCGAAGAUACCACCACGCCCGCCCGUGCCGAUGUAGACGACGGCUCGAGCAACCACCCGCCCUCCUUUGCGCCGCCCUCCAAGCUCGCACCGCGCCCACGACUUAAAGUCCCCCAGCUCGACACCAUCCCCCUCCACCCUCCACCCCAAAGCGCCAUUACACGGGCACAUCAUGCGUGGUCCACCGCAUGGAACUCAAGGCUCGGCCGAGCAGACAAUGCACGGUUCAUGGAACACUUUCGAUACAUCAUCGUUGCAUCGCAGCUGCUCAACGAGUACCUCGAUCACGGCACCCUGAACCAGUCCCCCACCCCCUGCCUGAGCUUGGACGGGGCUGGCGACGAUUGCAGUAAUCCGAGAUUCUCGGCCAGCCUGUACGGUGCCGUAGCGACGGCGGUAGCUGCGUUGGCGCUGGCAUAUCUCAUACAGUGGUCUCGGAACCGCCGUGGCACGUUUUGGACCAAGAGCAGAGUUACACUAGCGCUUACCGUGCUUGCGGUAGUUGCCUUUGUGGGGUAUCAGUAUGGGCGCCGGCAGUGGCUGAAAUCUCUGCGCCGCCAGGCGGUUGAUGCUGCGUCGGGCCUGACCACCAAUUGGCAAGCUUUCGAACUCUCUUCCAGUUCAGCGCUAAGUUUCAUCCAAGAGGUGGAGCUUGUAUCGAAAGGCUACAGGCUGAGUACCCCUUUGCCACCUGCCUCACGCAUCGAGGAAAGUGGAACCUCAAGGCGAUGUGCGAAACUAAGAAAGUCGCUCCACUCGGCAUAUGCGUCUAACAUCCCAGCCUGCAUUGAAGCAUGCACCACACUUCGAGCCUUGAUCGACGAUGAUGAUUUGGAGAAAUUCUUCGAGGUCUACGACAUAUCCCCUCAGGAUGCCAAGGAGGCAGCUGGGGCGGAAGCUCUGAGCGCCAUCGAAGACGAUAUGGAAUCUCUCGGAGCACUCAGGGUCCUCAGCUAUCGCUCAGGGGUGCUACGCCGUGUGACCUUGUGCUCCCUCAUGGCCCUGGAGGCAGACGGUGGCAAACCAGACAUGGAUCGCUGGGAGAUUGCCACCAAGACCAUGCGAUCCCUGAACCAAGUCAUCUCAGCCUCUGCUGAGCGAGUGCGCAAGCUGCUGACUGACAUGGAACAUAUCAAUCUCCCCUCACCAAUCAAAACCAACCGCACACCCUCCAGGGAGAAAAUGCGGAGCCAGGUCCGCAAGAUUAGUGCCCUGUCGUCUGGCAUCCGCGGCCUGCAAGCCAAGAUGCAGAUCCUGCGUGAGGAAACCAACCACUCCAUCGAGCAAUCAGAUGACCUGACAGAUCUCGGCCCCUCGCUGAUGGCACAGUACGAAUCCAUCGGAUCGGAUUUGAAGGAACUCAUGCAAGCCUGGGAAGUCGGCAAGCAAUCCCUGCAGAGCAACAUCAAACAGCAAGAACACCGCAUCUCCAUGGCGUCGAGCAGCAACGGCAUCCGCUCUCCCGUGUCCAGCAUUGGCGGCCUCACCGCCGUAGACGAAGACGGCUCACCCGCCGACGCCCUCCGCGUACUGAACGGCGAACCCUCCAAAUCCAACCGCUCCAGCAUGGGCACCACCGCCUCCGACGAGGAGAUGGUCUUCGAAGCCGUCGCCAUGCCGCGACAACGCGCCAGCACCCUUACGCGCGAAGAGCGGAUCCUCAAGAUGCACGAGGAGCGCGAGCGGCAGGCGCAGAUGCGGGCUAAGCGCGACGCGAACACCAGCAUGAUGCGCGAGCUCGAGUCGGUGAUUAAUCUGCGGGGACCGCAGAAGAAGACCAAUGGGUCUGGUGGUGCGGCGAGGAUCACGUCGGUGUGA